AUGCGCCGAGUCCAGGUAGACAAGCGUCCCAACGCAACUCGGCUGGUGCAGAGCCAAGGCCUCGUUUACUCAAAAAGCCCGGCCCCAGGAGACACGUCGGACCCGUACUGGCCGGACGACCGAUACUACUCCUUCACGACCGACGAGAUUGCGCUGCUCGAAAAGGCCGGUCAAGAGGUCUUCGACAUGUGCUGCGAAGCGGCCGAGUACCUUGUUGAGCACCCGGAUAUCAUCACGAGCAAGAUGGCGAUUCCGGCCUUUGCGCUCAAGCAAAUCAUCGAGUCGUGGAAUCGCGAGCCCGCCUGGGGCAGUGUCUACGGCCGCUUCGACGUCUGCUUUGGCGGCCUGGACCAUCCCGACCCGCGUCUGCGGGUGCCCAAGUUCUACGAGUUCAAUGCCGAUACGCCCACGUCGCUUGUGGAGGCCGCGUCGAUCCAGUGGCUCUGGCUCGAACAGACGGGUCACGGCAACGACCAGCUCAACUCCAUCACCGAGCGGCUCAUCGAGGCCUGGAAGCGGAAUCUGACCCUGAUCGAGCAGCAGCUGGGCCACCGUGUCAAGGUUCACUUCGCCGUGGCAAGGGGAGAGCCGACGGGAGAGGAUGCCAUGAACACGACGCUGCUGAUGGACACGUGCCAACAGGCCGGAUGGCGGACCAAGACCAUGUUCAUGGACCAGAUCGCCCUGUCCCGGAAGGACGGACGCUUCUAUGACCAGGAGGGCGAACACAUCGAUGUCAUCUUCAAGCUCUACCCGUGGGAGUACAUGGUGGAGCAGAAGUUUGGCGAGGCGUGCUUCAAGGACAUGGAAAACAUCGGGGGCACGGUGUGGAUCGAGGCGCCGUACAAGAUGCUGUGGAGCAACAAGGCCCUCUUCGCGAUCCUGUGGAAGCUUUUCAAGGAUGACCCGCGAUCCCAAUGGCUGCUGCCGACGUAUUUCGAGGACGAGGCACCCGCGUCACUAACCAAGUUCGCCCGAAAGCCCAUCUUUGCGCGCGAGGGAGCCGAUGUUGUCCUGCAGGCGGACGGCCGGGUCAUCCAGGAUGCGACAACGGGCGACUACGGCAAGGAAGGGUACAUUGUCCAGGAGCUUGCGUUGCUGCCGGAGUUCAAGGACGAGCGAGGCGUCUCGUACUAUCCGGUCCUGGGCCUGUGGCUCGUGGACGGCGACGUUGCCGGCAUGGGCAUCCGGGAGGACAAGACGCCCAUCACGACGAACGGCUCCAUGUUCAUUCCGCAUUCUAUCUCCGAUGGACCGGUGAACUACGAGAGGCAGCCGGUUCCGAGUCUCGAGGAAAUCGAGGCGUCGUUGGCGGUGGAGCAUUAUACGGAUGUCGAUGAGGGGUCGCGAGGCGUCCUGAAUUACAUAGAGAGCAUUGCCAGCGCGGUCGCAUAA